AUGAUGGCAACCUCUCGAGAAGACCCUAGUUUGCCCGAAUACAAAGCAGCGCUCGCACAGCUGAUGGCACAGAAGUACGCCGAAUUAUUCAAAGUGCCCAUACACUCUCAACAAGUCCCGGGCUUUGUAAAUAAAUUGGUUAAUAUGACUCUCGUGCCAAGCAUGUUUCGCGAAGCAAUCAGUCUCAUGGAGGAAGCCAUUUCUACUACAGCCAAGGACAAUGCACUCAACCGAGUCAAGUACUUGGGCCAAUUAAGCCAGAUGUACAAAUUACGCCAUAAUCGAGUUGGGGAGUUGUCAGAUCUGGAAUACGCUAUCAAGUAUGCGGAUCAAGCGAUACACGAGGUCCCCGACCCAGACAUUUACACGGGAUAUGAUCGACUGCUGAGCGAUGUUUCUGACAUGCAUAUGGCCAAAUUUGACUAUACAGGUCAAAUAGAUGCUCUCAGAGACGGGAUCAACAAUGCAGAAAAAGCGCUGUCAAUCAGCCGCGAUCGAAACCCUGAUCCCGAUCCGAUUCUGCUCGCCAAGCUUGCUGAAAAUUACUUGCUUCGUUUUCAUCACGAUCAGCGAUGGGAAGACCUCGAACAAGCACUGCAGUUAAUGAGUGGAGCGGCAGCAGUAGCAGCGACAGGUACUCAAGAAGGUCAUUCACAACGAGCACGAAUUUGCAAUGGGCUUGCAGAAGUACUCGCACAGCGGUAUGAACGGCGACCUGAAUACAUUCAUGAUGUUAGGGAGGCUGUCACACUGAUACAAAGCGCAAUUGAUGCCACUUCGACAAAAGAUGUGGUACGUGUGAACUAUUUGCUCAAUCUUGCGUAUAGGCUUCGUGAGCGCUUCGCACUAGACCAGGACAUCAAAGACUUGCAUGAAGGCAUCCAAGCCGUGGAUGAUGCCAUCAAUUUUGCUUUACUUGGUCACCCCCGCUUUCUGGAUAUGCUACGAUGUCGAGCCAAGUUGUUUAGUAGUCUCUUCCAGGUCACAAGUGAUCUUCGUCAUUAUACGAAAGCCGAAGAUAGUCUGAGAAAGGCUUUAGAUCGCAUACCCGAUAAUCACCCCAAUCGGUGCGCUUUCCUCCUAGAUAAGGCCGACCUAGUCUUGCUCAAAGAACAAGAUGGGGGUAGAAGUACGCAGCUCUGGUGGGCUACUGAGAUAUGUUGCCAGGCCAUGAAUGAUUGCACCAAUAGUCCUCCAUUGGAUCGACUCAAGGCGGCAUACAGAGGGGCAAGCCUGUAUCUCGAGAUGGGUGAUUACAGUAUGGCUGGUGGACUACUAUGCAGGGGGAUUGACUUUUUACCACGACUCAACCCACGCUCUCUUAGUAGAGACGACCAGCAGUUUAUUCUUAGUCAAUUCUCGGCUAUGGCAUCUGAUGCAGCUGCAUGUCUUCUCGAGGUGACAAAACAACCUGCUAGAGCCCUGGCCACACUGGAGAGUGGUCGGGGAGUCAUAGCAAGCUUAAUGAUCAAUUCACGGUCUGAUGUUUCCGACCUUCAGAAUAAGGAUAUCAGCCUAUUCAACCGGUACAUUGAGCUUCGAGAUGCCGUGUCGAGGAACAUCAAUGAGUUUAGCAACGCUACUAAUGCAGGAGGAGCCGCUUCAGAAAAAGCUGUGGCCAACGCUUUGUCUAGACGCGUUCAAGAUGAACAUGAUUUACAUCUUGUUGAGGAGAAGAUUCGGACACUGGAUGGUUUCGAAAGAUUUCAACUGUCACCAACAGUCGAGAAACUCCAACAUGCUGCUAUUCAUGGUCAUAUUGUUGUUUUCAACGUUGCGAAGUGGAGAAGCGAUGCUAUUAUCGUCCCUCAACAUCCCUCUACUAGUAUCCGCUAUGUGUCUCUGCCAAGUCUCAAGUACGAUGACCUAGAAAAAUUCACCCCAUGGGUCACAGGGAAGGAGAAAAUAGUCUCCGGACCCAUCAGCACAAAAGCAGACAGGAAUGGCAAAAUGCGGAAACUUCUGCAAUAUUUAUGGAGGAAAGCUGUCGCCCCGGUUUUAGAGGACCUCGGAAUCAACACGAAGCAGGGUUCCGCAACCGAUGAGCUCCCGCGGAUUUGGUGGGUUAUGAGUGGAAUCAUGUCUGUCUUCCCCCUUCAUGCAGCAGGCGAGGACUGGGGAGGAGAGUCUUCGUUUGAGAACACAGCGAGCCACGUUAUCUCGUCUUACAUACCCACAAUCAAAGCCUUGCAAUACGCUCGUGACAAGAACGUCAGGAAUCUAUCGGAACGAGGUCAGAGCUUUUUGAUCGCUAGUAUGCCCGAGACAGAAGGAAUGAGGCCUUUAAAAGUCUCAGGAGAAGUCGCAGCAGUUAAGGGUUGUGCUGCUUCUUUUCAAGUUGAUAAGGUCGUCGCAGUUGAUACUCCUUCAAAGGAAUCAGUCUUGGAAGAACUCAAGUCAACACGCAUAGCACAUUUCAUUUGCCAUGGUGCUCUCGACAUCAGCAAUCCUUCUGACAGUUGCCUACUCUUCAAACAAGAUGAUGUCGAUGGAAAGGCUGGACGUUUAAGGGUUCGGGAUGUCGCAGCCUUAUCCAUGGAGCAUGCGCAUAUCGCAUACCUUUCGGCAUGCUCGACAGCAGAGACAGCGGAUAAAACACUUGUCGACGAAACAAUCCAUCUCGCAAGUAGCUUUCAAUUAGUUGGCUUUCCGCAUGUUAUCGGCACUACUUGGGAAGCAAAUAAUACCGUCGCCGAAAAGAUCGCAAGGAAUUUUUAUACUUUUCUAAUCGACCAAGAGCGAGCGUUUCCACAAGAUGAUAGAAGCGUUGCUUACGCUUUGCACAAGGCUGUAAAAGCUUAUUGGAGUCAGUCUAAAGGAAGAUUUCAACCGAGCGAUGAUGUUAUCGCGUGGGCACCAUUCAUUCACAUUGGCAUGUAG